AUGUUGUCCAGAAGAUUCUUCUCUACUUCAAAUAUUGCAGCUUUGCAAAAGAUUAAAAUUAAAUCACCUGUCGUCGAAUUAGACGGUGAUGAGAUGACUAGAAUCAUCUGGGAUAGAAUCAAGAAGAAGUUAGUCUUACCAUAUUUAGAUAUCGAUUUAAAAUAUUACGAUUUGUCUAUUCAAUCUCGUGAUGCUACCAAUGAUCAAAUUACAGUAGAUGCAGCUAAAGCCAUUCAAAAAUAUGGUGUUGGUAUUAAAUGUGCUACUAUUACUCCAGAUGAAGCUCGUGUUAAAGAAUUCAAUUUGAAAAAAAUGUGGAAAUCUCCAAAUGGUACCAUUAGAAAUAUUUUAGAUGGUACUGUCUUUAGAGAACCAAUUGUUAUUCCAAGAAUUCCAAGAUUAGUUCAAGGUUGGGAAAAACCUAUUAUUAUUGGUAGACACGCUCAUGGUGAUCAAUAUAAAGCUACUGAUUUGGUUGUUCCAGGCGCAGGUAAACUAGAAUUAGUUUACUCUCCAACAGAUGCUUCAAAGGAUAAGAUCACUUUGAAUGUAUUUGAUUAUAAAGGCCCAGGUGUUGGUUUAGCCAUGUAUAACACUGAUGAAUCUAUUAGAGGAUUUGCACAUUCCUCUUUUAAAUUAGCCAUUACUAAGAAAUUGAACUUAUUCUUAUCCACUAAGAAUACUAUCUUGAAGAAAUAUGAUGGUAGAUUUAAAGAUAUCUUCCAAGAAAUCUUUGACAAAGAAUACAAGUCUACUUUUGAAAAAAUUGGUAUCAAUUAUGAACAUAGAUUAAUUGAUGAUAUGGUGGCUCAAAUGGUUAAAUCUAAAGGUGGUUUCAUUAUGGCUUUAAAGAACUAUGAUGGUGAUGUUCAAUCCGAUAUUGUGGCUCAAGGGUUUGGUUCCUUAGGUUUAAUGACUUCCGUCUUGGUUACUCCAGAUGGUAAGGCUUUCGAAAGUGAAGCUGCUCACGGUACUGUCACUAGACAUUACAGAAGAUAUCAAAAGGGUGAAGAAACCUCUACCAACCCAAUUGCAUCCAUAUUUGCUUGGUCUAGAGGUAUUGCUAGAAGAGGUGAACUUGACGCUACUCCAAACGCUAUCAAGUUCGCCAAUUUGUUAGAAUCUGCCACUUUGAACACCGUCCAAGAAGAUGGUAUUAUGACUAAAGAUUUAGCUUUGGCUGCUGGUAAGAAUGAAAGAUCUGCUUAUGUUACCACCGAUGAAUUCUUAGCUGCUGUUGAAAAAAGAUUACAAAAAGCUAUGAACUCUGUUGAUUAA